GCGCGCGCGCGCCUGCCUCUCUCUCUCUCUAUCAGACACCAAACACAUGCACUGAGACGGGAUAGUAGAGAUGGACUAUGACAGCGACAAGGUGUUAUAACCGGAUGCGCGUGUGUGAGUGAGCGAGGAUUUAUACACCUACAUAUACAUUAAUCUCUCGGCCGGACUUCAUGAGGUAAGACCGGAGCUCCGUCCCAAACCGCAUUCAGGCACACACUAAACCGCAGACUAAUAAACAGUAAGCCGGUGUUCAGUCAUGGAUCUGAGGUCGUUGUUUUUGCUGCUGCUGCUGGUGCAGUUCUCCACUGAGGGCGCCGCAAAAGAAGGAGGCAAACCCAAGAAAGGCAAGAAAGGCAAAAAAAACGUCGUCUGUCCUUCUCAACUGUCAGCCGAAGACCUUGAUCGAGUUCCUGCCAAUUCAACCAGCAACAUCCUCAACCGUCUGCUAGUGACGUACGACUCCCGAAUCCGCCCCAACUUCAAAGGUAUUCCAGUAGAGGAUAAAGUGAACAUUUUCAUCAACAGCUUUGGCUCAAUACAAGAAACCACAAUGGAUUACCGCCUGAACAUUUUCCUGAGGCAGCGCUGGAACGACCCGAGGCUACGCUUGCCGACGGACUUCAAGUCGGACGCUCUGACGGUGGACCCUAAAAUGUUCCAGUGCCUGUGGAAGCCUGAUCUGUUCUUCGCCAACGAGAAGAACGCCAACUUCCACGACGUGACUCAGGAGAACAUCCUGCUGUUCAUCUUCCGCAAUGGCGACGUUCUCAUUAGCAUGAGGUUGUCAGUCACCCUAUCAUGUCCUCUGGAUCUCACCCUUUUCCCCAUGGACACACAACUUUGCAAGAUGCAACUAGAGAGCUACGGCUACACCACAAAGGACCUGGUGUUCAUGUGGCAGUCUGGUGACCCAGUUCAGAUGGACGAGAUUGCUCUGCCGCAGUUUGAUGUCAAACAAGAGGACAUCGGUUACAGGAACUGCACCAAAUUCUAUCCUGGAACAGGAUAUUACACGUGUGUGGAGGUGAUAUUCACUCUAAGGAGACAGGUCGGCUUCUACAUGAUGGGGGUCUACGCUCCCACUCUCCUCAUCGUGGUCCUGUCAUGGCUGUCUUUCUGGAUUAACCCCGAUGCCAGCGCAGCCCGCGUCCCUUUAGGUAUUCUGUCUGUCCUGUCGCUCACUUCUGAAUGCACGUCUCUGGCAUCUGAGCUGCCCAAAGUCUCCUAUGUGAAGGCUAUCGAUAUCUGGAUGAUCGGCUGCCUGCUGUUCGGCUUCGCCUCUCUGGUGGAGUACGCCGUGGUGCAGGUGAUGCUGAACAGUCCCAAGCAGAUCGAGGCGGAGAAGGCGAGGAUGGCGCAGAAGGAGAAGGAGAAAGAAAAAGAGAAAGAGAAGGAAGGGAAGACGGCGUCCAAGGCCAAUUCCAUCAAUGGCACCGGAGGAACUCCGAUUCAUGUCAACACUCUGCAGGUGGUUGAAACCCGUUGUAAGAAGGUGUGCACCUCCAAAUCCGACCUGCGCUCUAACGACUUCAGCAUCGUCGGCUCUCUGCCUCGCGACUUCGAGCUCUCCAACUUCGACUGCUACGGGAAGCCCAUCGAGUCCACGAACGCGCUGCUGAAAUCACAGAACAAGAACGCCAAGAAGCCGGCGCCCCCGAAACCCGUCAUCCCGUCCGCCGCCAAGCGCGUCGACCUGUACGCUCGCGCCCUCUUCCCUUUCACCUUCCUCUUUUUCAACGUCAUCUACUGGUCCGUUUACCUGUGAAAACCUUUUAGUGUGAGUGUGUGUGUGUGUGUGUGAUAUUAAGCAUGCAUGACUGCCAGGACAUGGUUUCUAGCAUGCACCAAGUAUUUGAGGCUCAUUUCCACCUACAACGGAGCUGAAGACUCACUAGGAGGUGUGUAAGGAUGUGGCAAAACCAUGUGAUAUGGAUUUUGUUUUUUUUUUGUUAACAGUCCCAAAAACAAGCCUAGAAAUAGCUGUGCGGUCGGGAGCUGCUUGCUGGCAGCGGCAACUGUGAAGUGAAUGGUGGAUUUUUAGGGGGAAAUAAAGUGCAAUUUUAAUAAAAAUCUGUUUAAAGAUCAGCUAAAUCAAACCUACACCCAUAGAUGAAAUGUCCACAUUAACGACCUCGAAAAGGUCUCCUGUCAUCUCGACAGAAAGUGAUGGCACCCUGAAACAGAGCAAUGGGGCGGGGA